GUUCAAGUUUUAAUGAGAAGCUAUAACUAAUGGUUUAAUAUGAAACAAAAAGAAGGAAUGUGACUCGCAUCGAGUGUCCCUCUCCUUUUUUGAGAAGCAGAUGGAGAAGCGUUGUGGAAGUGGGAAGAAGGGGGAGCGUAGACGCUGUUGUGAACUUGCUCGCCGAAGAGGUAGAUGCCCAAGGCAACGAGUCCGAUGCCGAGGCCAGAAGUGGCGUGGCGGUGCUGAUUCAAUUAACUGAGAAUUAAUCUAGUUUUCUUUUUCCAUGAAGAAAUCAGCUUGGAAAAUAGAGGAUCUUCACAGUGAGAGCCUAUCUCGUGUACGAGAGCUGUUUCAAGUCUUCAGCACACCUUAUUUUCUGGAACUAUGUUCGUUGGUUGGAUUGUUUUAGUUUAGGAAUAGUAGACCGAGGAGACUCCAUUACAGUGACACAGUCCAAUGGGGAAUAUUUGGAGGAGGCAGAGCACAUCAACGUCGCUGUAAUGUCACAUUUAGUCAACAUAGCAUUAGCAUGCAGAAUUAGCUGUCUAAAACAUCUAACCCAGCUCCAUGCAAUCCUCAUUCGUAACUCCCUCCACCACCACAACUACUGGGUGGCACUACUCCUCAAUCACUGCACCCGCUUCGACGCCCCACUGACCUACGCCCGUCUCAUUUUUAAUUCCGUCCCGUUCCCCGAUGGCCGUGUCUUUACCGCCAUGCUUAGAUACUACUCUCAUCAGGGUACUCACAAUGAAGUGUUUUCUUUGUUUCGGCAUAUGCAACGUUCUGGUAUCAGGCCCGGUAUAUUUGUGUACCCAAUGCUGAUUAAAUUGGCCGGCAAGGCUGGCUUUGUGUUUCGUGCCCAUCUAUUGAAAUUGGGUCUUAGUCUGGAUCGUUACGCACGCAAUGCAAUCAUGGAGACGUAUGUGAAAAAUGGCGCACUUGAAGUUGCACGGGAGUUAUUUGAUGAAAUGCCUGAAAAGACUCUCGCGGAUUGGAACUCAAUGAUUUCUGGGUACUGGAAGUGGGGGGAUGAAGUUGAAGCAACUAGACUUUUCAAUAUUAUGUCGGAGAGGAAUAUUAUUACGUGGACAACUAUGGUUACCGGGUACUCUAAGAUAAUGGAUCUGAAGAGUGCAAGGAGGUAUUUCAGUGAGAUGCCGGAGAAAAGUGUUGUCUCUUGGAAUGCAAUGCUAGCAGGUUAUGCUCAGAAUGGAUUUCCCAUGGAGGCUUUAAGAUUGUUUGAUGAUAUGCUGGAUGUGGGGGUUCAACCAAAUGCAACGACGUGGGUUAUUGUUAUCUCAUUGUUGUCACUGCGCGGAGAUCCUUCCCAUGCGGAUUCACUAGUCAGAAAACUCGAUCAGAAGAAGAUGCAGCUAAAUUGCUUUGUCCAGACUGCUCUGCUUGAUAUGCAUGCAAAGUGUGGGAGCCUAGAAACUGCCCAAAAAAUUUUUUAUGGAUUGGAUACGUAUAGGAACUCGGUAACAUGGAAUGCAAUGAUUUCUGCAUAUACAAGGGCCGGGAAUUUGAUUUCAGCUAGAGAGCUAUUUGAUAAUAUGCCAGAAAAGAAUGUUGUGUCCUGGAACUCAAUGAUUUCAGGUUAUGCUCAAAAUGGGCAGCCAGCUAUGGCAAUUGAGCUAUUCAAAGAUAUGAUUAAUUCUAAAGACUCGAAACCAGAUGAGGUGACCAUGGUGAGUGUUUUCUCAGCUUGUGGACAUCUUGGGGCGUUGAAGUUAGGUAAUUGGGUUGUGAACACCCUUGAUGAAAACCACAUUAAUCUCAGCAUCUCAGGUUACAACUCUUUGAUUUUCAUGUACUCUAGAUGUGGGAGCAUGGAAGAUGCCAAGAGGAUAUUCCACAAAAUGGUGACAAAAGAUGUUGUUUCCUACAAUACGUUGAUUGCAGGACUUGCAACUCAUGGUCAUGGAAUGGAAGCCAUUGAACUAAUUUCAAAGAUGAAACAAGAAGGUACCGAACCAGACCGUGUAACAUAUAUUGGUCUCUUGACGGCAUGCAGCCAUGCGGGAUUAAUGGAAGAGGGUUGGAAAUUGUUCAGAUUAAUCCAAUCUCCUUCUGUAGAUCACUAUGCAUGUAUGGUUGAUUUGCUUGGUCGACUAGGUGAGCUGGAUGAAGCCAAAAAGUUGAUUGAAAGCAUGCCAAUGGAACCACAUGCAGGAGUUUAUGGGUCUCUUUUAAAUGCUAGUCGGAUUCACAAAAGAGUUGAACUUGGGGAGCUGGCUGCAAAGAAGCUCUUUGAGCUUGAGCCAUACAAUUCUGGAAAUUAUAUUUUGCUUUCCAACAUAUAUGCUUCGGCAAGUAGGUGGGAAGAUGUUGAGAGGGUCAGGGGUACAAUGAGAAAAGUGGGAGUGAGGAAGACAACUGGAUGGAGUUGGGUAGAAGAUAAGGGUAAAAUGCACAAGUUCAUAGCUGGAGAUAGAUUACAUGAAAGAUCAGACGACAUCUAUAGGAUCUUGUCGGAAUUGGGAAUGAAGAUGAGGAGGGAUGGGUAUACGGCUGAUAAAAGCUGCGUGUUGAGAGAUGUUGAAGAGGAAGAGAAAGAAGAGAUGGUGGGAACUCAUAGUGAGAAGUUGGCCAUUUGUUUUGCUCUUCUUGUUAGUGAAGCAGGGGCAGUAAUUAGGGUAGUGAAGAAUUUAAGGGUUUGUUUGGACUGCCAUGCCGCCAUUAAGAUGAUCUCCAAGUUAGAGGGAAGGGAGAUCAUCGUGAGGGAUAAUAAUAGGUUUCAUUGUUUCAGCAAUGGGCUAUGUUCUUGCAAGGACUACUGGUAAUGCGAGACAGCACAUCUGGUACCCAUCAUCCCUAAUGGACUUUUGAGUCGUGCGUUGCUGUGGUUGGUUUGUGCAUUGGCUACAAUAAAAAAACUGUAAGCAUGAGAUGGUGAGGUCGUUCGUUAUUAUUGAUGUCGCUACUUUUUCUGAGUAUUUACGGAUAUUCGCUGCGGAAGGAGAAUGCAAAAAUGAAGAUCGGGGAGUCCUUGCAAAACCUUUACAUUAGUUUUAAUGUCUACUGGGGACAACACAGGCCAAAAUGGGCUAUUGUAUGCACAAGGGAACAGUACGUUUACCAUUGUAAUUGACAACUUUGACAGAAAGGGAAGGGAUUCCAGACAAAUAAAGAUCAAGGUGUAUUAAGUUUUUCCUUUA